AGAAGAAGAAGGAGAAGGAUUCAAAGGAGAAGAAGAAGGGGAAAGGAGUUGGUGAGAGAGAUUGAGAGAGAUGGGGAGAGGAAAGGUGGAGCUGAAGAGGAUUGAGAACAAGAUCAAUAGACAAGUGACCUUCGCCAAGCGCCGCAAUGGUUUGCUAAAGAAAGCUCAUGAGCUUUCAGUCCUAUGUGAUGCUGAGGUAGCUCUAAUCAUCUUCUCCAAUAGGGGCAAGCUUUAUGAGUUCUCUAAUCCCUCGAGCAUGCUCAAGACUCUUGAGCAGUAUCGAAAGUGCAAUUACGGCGCAUCAAAUGUUGCCAUUCAGCCAAAUAAUGUGCAAUCCAGUUAUCAAGAGUAUCUAAACAUGAAAGCAAGAGUUGAGGCUCUUCAACGUUCACAGAGAAAUCUCCUUGGUGAGGAGUUGGAUGCACUAAAUCUGAACGAAAUCGAUCAACUUGAGAAGCAAGUAGAUUCGUCCCUGAAACACAUCAGAUCAACAAUGACCCAGUUAAUGCUAGAUCAGUUGUGUGAAUUGAAAAGAAAGGAGAAAAUGUUACAAGAUACCAACAAAUCCAUCAUAAAAAAGCUUGAAGAAUUUACUCCAGGAAUUCCUCUACAUCCUCCAUUGGAAAAUGGUUUUUACACCGUUCAUGAUACCACCAAUGCCCCUAACAAUCAACAUGAAGUUCAUUCACAUGAAUUCUUUCAACUAUUGUCUAGUGAUUUUUCUCUGCAAAUUGGGUUUAAUCCUGCAAGUACAGACCAACUGAAUGCUCCAAAUGCAACCCAAAAUGUCAAUGGCUACUUAAAUGGGUGGCUUGGUUGAAUUAUAACCUUGAGAAAUUUUCAGGUUUGCCAUGAAAGAUGCAAUCUUUUACUUUUACUUUUCUUUUCUUUUCUUUUUCUUUUCUUUUUUAAUUUCUAAAUGACAAUAAUAAGCCAGGGCCCUAACAAGUCUUGUAGCUACAGCCUACAGGUUUACAGCAUAAUCUUGUCAUAGAACUGCACAUGUAUAAUGUAGCAUACAGCAUCAAUUGUAUAUUAAAUGCAUGUAUUAGUUAUGUUUAUCCUUGUUGUUGUUGUUGUUGUUGUUGUUGUUGUUGCAUCAUCCUUAGUUUCUUAUAGACCAGGGCUAAUUGUUUGUUUUGGUCCUUCGAUGAAAUGAUUUCUCUCGUUUUA